CCAAAAGCACUCUGCCGUCACACUCUCAUCGCCAUUCCUCCGUCUUUCCGGCCCGCGGGGCAGAGCCAAACGGUCCACGGUGCGUAAUUACGCACGGGGACGACAGAUCCGUGGUGUUGCUCGCCGUGGACACCCGCGGACAAAGGAAGAAAUUUAACUUAAGGUCCAGGAUUUCAGAUAAGGACGGAAUCGGUUUGGAGACCGAGGAAAAAAGGACAGAAGGAGUUACGGAGUGGAAUCUUUCCCCUGAACAGCGUCCAGAUCCUCGGAGCAUGGGGGAGCAGCCCAUCUUCAGCGCCAGAGCUCAUGUCUUUCAGAUUGACCCGGCCACCAAACGCAAUUGGCUGCCGGCCAGCAAACACGCCGUCACCGUGUCCUUCUUCUACGAUGCCAGCCGCAGUGUCUACCGCAUCAUCAGCGUGGGUGGGACUAAGGCCAUCAUCAACAGCACCAUCACCCCCAACAUGACCUUCACCAAAACCUCCCAGAAGUUCGGCCAGUGGGCAGACAGCCGGGCCAACACCGUCUACGGCCUGGGCUUCUCCACAGAGCAGCAGCUGCAGCAGUUUGCAGAGCAGUUUAAGGAGGUGAAGGAAGCAGCUCGUCUGGCCAGAGAGAAAUCCCAGGAGAGGUUUGAACUGGCCAACCCUGCACUCAACAUUGCAGCUCCGCAGCUCUCCCAGGAGCUGUCGGAGGAGCGUCACUCUCCGCCGCUGCUGACAGUUAAUGGGCCGGGCGAGGAAAAGCUGUUUCGCAGUAAGAGUGCUGAGGUGGAGCUGACAGCAGAGAAGGAGAGGGUAAAGAAGAUGUUGUCUGAAGGGUCCAUGUGUGAGAUAAACCUGGAGGCUGAGCUCUUCACACUGCAGGACAGUAACGCCAAGCUGGUGGCAGCGUUGCAGGAAGCCAACAGCAGCGUGGAGCAGUGGAAGAAACAGCUGGCUGAAUACCAGGAGGAGACCGAUCGCCUCCGAGACCAGGUGGCAGAUCUGGAGGCCCAGCUGGGGCAUCCUGCUGCUGGUCAGACUGGUAGAGAGGAGCUGAGCCGGUCACUGGAGGAGCUGGAAGCCCUGCUGAGUGCCAAAGACCAGGAAAUUCACAAUCUGCAGAGCAAGAAAACAGAUGUCGGUGAACUAGAGAAGGAGAGGGAGGACGCCAUGCAGAGACUCCAGGAUCUGGAGAGACAAAACGCUGAGCUGGAGGAUCGUGUUCAGGGUGCUGAAAAGACGCUGGCCUCCAGCCGGGAGGAGCAGGAGCAGGCGGAGGUCGAGGUCCGACGUAUCAUCGAGGUUCUGGACGUCAAAAUCUGCGACCUGAAGGACCUGAGACAGAGCCUAGCAAAACUCUUCGAUAAAUAGCUACAGCGGCAGCUGGGCUGCAUCUCCACAGUCAGAGCUCUUCUCCUUCAUGUGGCCUUGAUUUGUGUUUCUCUAAUGUAACAGCACAGGAGAAAUCAAGGCAACAUGGAGGAAAACGUACAGGUGUUUACCUUCAUGGAUCUGUUUUUUUAAGAUCAGUGCAGGAAAACACACAAUACCAGAAACCUCCUACAGGUGCCAUAUGCAGAAUAAACCAUCUGUACUGUGCGUCAUUGUCACAUUAACCUUGGAAUAAUUGACACAAUUGACACUAUGGUCUAAUUGGCUACUGCUACUUGUUUUUCCAUGUCACGAUUCCCAUCAGCUGCCUGACCUUCAGCCCCUCAAUCCUGAGCAGGAUAAAAUAAUUUUUACACAAAUUUUUUUUCCUUUUUCACCAUCUGCCAUCACUGAUAACUCUGAAAGCAGGUCUGUAGGUCCAUCUUCUCUGGGAGAACAGCACCCUCCUCCUCUCUUUGGUGCCAAAGCAAUCAAGUGUAUUUUGUCAAAAUCUGACUUGGUGGUUUAUAAUGUAAAACUGCAGAGCAGAGGCUGCAAGAAGCUGAAAGUCUUUUCAGUGAUGGUCUCCUUUGUUUGUGCUAAUUAUACUGAUGCCUCAAAAUGAAUGAGUUGAUGAUUUGUUCAUAGUAAUACACAGUACUAGACAAAGCACCUCUAAAAGAGGACUCGCACCAAAACUGAUAUUAAGAUUUCUAUUUUGCAAAGGACAUUUCCAACAGCUAUCAAAGGAUUUUCUACUUGUUUGUUAGUUUAUGUUUUUUGUGAUCUAUCUUUAUUUAAUACAGAGUGGCAGAUCUACUUAUGUUAUUGUUAUUGGAAACUAAGGGCCUGACAGUGUUUAAUAAAAGCCAGUGGUUCUCUGAUUUCCGGAGGAGCUGGAGGUCUCAACUGUGUCUGGGAACAGUUACAUUUUUAUAGAUAUAGUAAAUAUAAAUAUUUAUCAUAAUUCUGGACAUUCGGUUUAUAGAAACCUCAAACAGACUUACCAUAAAGGUUUCUUUCAAUGCAGUUUGGCAGAAGCCCUUUUCACAUCAAACUAAUAGCCUGAGGCCCACACAUAAAUGAAUAAAACUUUUAGAUUUACAUCUUCUUAUAAUGUUUCUGGUAAAUCUCAAAAGUGAGUGCUAGUAAGGCAACUGAAAAACAAUCAAGCUAUACAAGUGAAAUGUCUGCUUUUGUUCACUAACAACCUUGAAGUUAUUUUGGUUGUCAUUCUUUAACGCUGUGGAGAUGCAACCACCGGGAGUUUGGUCAGGGUAAGGACACAUGGAGGCAAAGACCCUGAACAAAGUCAGUUCCAGUUCACAAUCAGCAGCCUGGGACCGGCCUCACACCAGCCAGAACAUCAACAAACUCAGAGAUGUAACAACCUGUUUCCAUGCUUUCCUCUGAGGAUCGCCAGCGUACGACCAUUUUUUUUGCUCAUGUUUCA